GAAGUGAGCGUCCAGCGCGCGUCGUGCGCACCACGGGCCAGGGCUCGCCGCUUCGAAUUCCUUCACGGUGAAGCCCUAAUGUGCGGCCAGCUGCUUGUUCCGUCUGCUGCACUGCUACAUCGACGAACUAGGACGCCGCAUCGUCGUCUCUCGUGGUGCUGUCGAAGCGAAGCCACGAAAGAAGGAAGGCAGCAAAACAAGGACGAGAGGCCCAGACCGAGGGGUCAUGGCUGCCGACGCGGCGGUGGCGCCUCCAGACCGCGUCCCGAUCUCUGCCGAAGGCAGCAGCGAUACGGUCAGCCCCAGUUCUUACCUGAGGCCCAUCGACAGCGUGGAGACGCCAGAUUCCACCUCGGUCAGCAACAGACGGGAACGCUUCAUGGUGCUGGUGAUGAGCAUCUUGCUCCUGCUCAUCAGUUGCACACUUUUCGCCGUCCUCUUUACGCUGCUCACAGACGACGUGUUUGGCCAACCAACGGUAGUAGGGAUGUUACGGCUUGUUCUGGCUCAAUCCCUCCUCCUCCAUACCCUGCUUCCUAAACACUCACGCUGACUCUCUUUACAGGAACGUCGGCUAAGUCCCAGGAGACGAUUGUACCUGGCCCUAUUUUUUUUUUACCAGGCGCUGACGGAGAUUGUUCGUGAGAUGAGAAAAACACGUGAUUAUGAUUAUUAAAUAAAGCAUGAAAAAAAA